AUGGUCCCGGGGACUCCGCGGCUCAAGCGGCUUCAGGCCCCGCUCACGGGGCAGCCGUCGCUCUGCAGCGGCAUCCUCGAGCUGCCUAAAGACAAGCUCGAACUCUACUACGGUUAUGAUAGCCCUCGACCCUCGCCGCGCAGUCCCACAAAAUGCUCGGGUCUCUUCCAUACCACGCACGAAGGUGGAACCCUCUUCCUCCACGACCGGGAGAAAGUCGUCUCCGGCGCGCUGCUCAAGGACUACCCGUGCACGGUCGCGUACCCCGCCUUCUUCAGCGACGUCGAGAAUGAGGUCACACCCCUCCUCUCCGGACACCGAGUCAACAUCACCUACAACCUCCGAUCUCCCGCGCCCCGGCGUAUGCGGACGCCGACGCGGUCGCGGUCGCGCUGGGGGUGA